GUUGACAAUCGAGUCUUGAAAGGACACGGCAUAAAGUGUCGUGUGGCAUGCUGAAAUUUUAUUAUAAGUAUUGCAAUAUAAAAUAAGUACCGCGGUACAUUGAAGAGAUGUCAGAACACGUUUUACCGGCCGAAGAGCCGAUACGAUUUGUAGCUCCGAUUAUUCAGGAUAAUCCCACAGGAUGGGGGCCUUGCGAAAUGCCCGACCAGUUUAGGGACAUGCCAUACCAGCCAUUUAGCAAAGGCGACCGCUUGGGAAAGAUUAGCGAUUGGACUGUAGUACAAGACAAAAAAUAUCAGAAUAAGUACGCGUCUCAGUUUGGUGCUGGUUCGUCAUACGCAUACUUCCACGAUGAAGACGAAAGUACUUUCCAUCUGGUGGAUUCAACAAGAGAGCAAAAGCCGCCGUAUCAACGCGGCCGUGCUCGUGGACAACGUAGCCGUGGUGCGAGAGGCGCUCGUACGCCUGGUGGCAUGACCACCCUGAAUAAGCAACGAGACCGUAAACUCGGUAAAAGAUGGGGUCCAAGAGGUGCACCUAUGAAAAUUCGUGAUGCCUCUGUUACUGUAAGGCCAACCUGGGUCACAAUUGAAGAUAUGGACUUUCCACGCUUGGCUAAGCUUUCUCUACCCGGAAUUAAAGAAGGUGAGGAUAUUGUGUGUAGUGGCACCUUGGAAUAUUAUGAUAAGGGUUACGACCGUGUCAAUGUAAAGCACGAGAAGCCUCUGCAGCGUAUUGAUCGUAUCUUCCAUACGGUCACAACCACCGAUGAUCCCGUGAUACGUCGCCUAAGUAAGACUACUGGUACCGUAUACGCGACGGAUACCAUCUUGGCAACUAUCAUGUGCUGCACUCGCUCUAAUUAUUCAUGGGACAUUGUUAUUGAAAAAAUUGGUGACAAGCUAUUUCUGGACAAGCGUGACAACACCGAGUUUGACUUGCUGACUGUUAAUGAGACUUCGGUGGAGCCACCGGCUGACGAUGGAAACUCUAUUAACUCUCCACGCAACCUUGCACUGGAAGCAACCUUCAUCAAUCAUAACUUCAGCCAGCAGGUAUUGAAGUCAGGACCGAAUGAGCCCAAGUUUAAGUUCCCAGAAGCGAAUCCAUUUGUUUCUGAGGAGGAAGAGGGAGAGGUGGCAUCGGUUGGAUACCGUUACCGCAAGUGGAACCUAAAUAAUGGUGUUGUGCUGGUCGCACGCUGCGAGCAUGACGCUGUGAUGCAAGGUCCGCAGAACGAGACUCAGUUUCUCAGUAUCAAGGCGCUUAACGAAUGGGAUUCGAAGCUCGCCAAUGGAGUGGAGUGGCGCCAAAAACUCGACACCCAGCGAGGAGCGGUGCUCGCUAAUGAACUGAGGAACAACUCGUGCAAGCUUGCUAAGUGGACAGUACAGGCUCUGCUAGCUGGCUCCGACCAGAUCAAGUUCGGUUACGUGUCUCGUGCGCAGGUUCGCGACAACUCGCGUCACGUGAUCCUCGGCACGCAACAGUUCAAACCGCACGAAUUCGCGGCUCAAAUUAACCUUUCCAUGGAUAACGCCUGGGGUAUCCUACGCUGUAUCAUCGACAUCUGCAUGAAGCAGAAGGAUGGUAAAUACUUGAUCAUGAAGGAUCCAAACAAGCCUUUGAUUCGUCUGUACGACAUUCCGGACAAUACAUUCGAGUCAGAUGGCUCCGAAGAGAGUGGAGAUGAACCUGCGGAUACGCCUUUCGCGCCGCUGUAUUCUUACGGGAACAACAAGAGGAUUUAGUACAAUAUAUUGGUACAACUUGAACUUCUGUAGCACUUCAUUUAAGUAAUCAGUAUGUAUUACAUAUUUUUAUUCAAAAAAUACAAUCUUUCGGUUAAA